AUCGCAUCACCCAGAAAAAAAAAAUUCACACCGGUGGAAAAAAAAAAGGAAGGAAGGAAGGCGUCAGUGGUUCCUUUGGUUAGCUUCUUCCUCCUUGGUUCGCUCGGUCCUGGCGAUGUCGUACCUGGAGACGCAGACGAUUCGUUGAAUGUAAACGUUGCUUCUCUGCUCAUCGUCAAUCGUUUUCGUCCUUUGGAAUCGUAUCGUUGAAACGAGGAAUCGUGAGAUUCAUUUCCAUAUCUAGUGCGUGCUGGGACAAGUUAACAUGGAUUGGAUACACAAAUCAUCUACUCCUUGUAUGGACACUUCCAGUUCCGUUCCAGCAAAUGUUCCUCUUCAGCGACAGGAGAGACUUGUUUGCCAUUCUUCUUCGCCAGCCGAUGUAGAUAUGGACCUUAGAGAAGUUUAUUUCCUAAUAUUGCAUUUCCUUUCUACCGGCCCCUGCGAUCGAACCUUUGGGCACCUGAGAGAUGAAAUUUUGGAAAAAGGGCUUUUGCCCCGUAGAUAUCAUUCCUGGUGGUCAAGAAGUGGAACUUGCACUGGGCGUGCUGACGAUGAUGGCAUCUCCUUCCCUUUGAGUUAUGAUAACUUAGUAGAGAGGUAUCCUCAUAUUGAAAAGGAUCACUUGGUGAAGCUUCUCAAACAACUGAUUUUAAACCCACCUCUUCCUUCGCACGUGAGAGUUGAAGGAAAUACUCUUAAUGCUGCUGAUGUUCCAACGCUAUUGGGAUCUGGCUCCUUUUCACUUGUGGAUCACAAAAUUACAGAGUUUCAGAAAGUUAGGCAUGUUGCAUCAUACUUACGCUGGCCGCAUAUGCAUGCCGAUCAAGUGCGUGGCCUAAGUCUUAGAGAAAUUGGAGGUGGUUUCAGAAAACACCACCGUGCUCCGUCCAUUAUUUCAGCAUGUCAUGCAAUUGCAAAACCAUCAACAAUGGUUCAGAAGAUGCAAAAUAUAAAGAAGCUCAGAGGACAUCGCAAUGCUGUUUACUGCGCUAUAUUUGAUCGCUCUGGAAGAUAUGUUAUCACUGGUUCCGAUGACCGGCUUGUUAAAAUUUGGUCAAUGGAAACUGCGCUUUGCUUGGCUAGCUGCCGCGGGCAUGAAGGUGACAUUACAGACUUGGCCGUUAGUUCAAACAAUGCUUUGGUAGCAUCAGCAUCAAACGAUUUUGUAAUUCGAGUUUGGAGGUUGCCUGAUGGAAUGCCAAUUUCUGUAUUGCGGGGACAUACUGGAGCUGUUACUGCGAUUGCAUUCAGUCCCAGACAGGCGUCGGUUUACCAGCUCUUAUCGUCAUCAGAUGAUGGAACCUGUCGGAUCUGGGAUGCUAGGUACUCUCAGUGGCUUCCUCGAAUCUAUGUUCCAAAUCCGUUGGAUGCUGGCACUGGAAAAAGCAAUUUUACAUCUUCUAACGCGGCAUCCACAAGCAAUGCAUCCAAGAGUCAUCAAAUACUAUGUUGUGCGUACAAUGCUAAUGGAACCAUUUUCGUCACGGGUAGCUCUGACAGCAAUGCGAGGGUUUGGAGUGCCUCAAAAUCUAACUUGGAUGAUACUGAACAGCCGACUCAUGAGCUGGAUGUUCUACGUGGCCAUGAGAAUGAUGUCAACUAUGUGCAGUUUAGUGGUUGUGCUGUGGCUCCAAGAUCUUCUACAACUGAAACUCUGAGGGAAGAUUGUUACCCAAAGUUUAAGAAUUCCUGGUUUUGUCAUGACAACAUAGUAACCUGCUCUCGUGAUGGUAGUGCAAUUAUAUGGACACCAAGAUCACGUAAAUCCCAUGGGAAAUCUGGACGCUGGAUGAAAGGAUAUCAUUUGAAGGUUCCACCUCCUCCACUUCCUCCACAACCUCCUCGAGGAGGGCCACGCCAGAGGCUUCUUCCAACACCACGGGGUGUCAAUAUGAUUAUAUGGAGCCUGGAUAAUCGUUUCGUACUUGCCGCUAUCAUGGAUUGCAGGAUUUGUGUUUGGAAUGCUGCUGAUGGUAGCUUAGUGCAUUGUUUAACAGGCCACAGUGAAUCGUCCUAUGUCUUGGAUGUCCACCCUUUCAAUCCACGGAUAGCUAUGAGCGCCGGCUAUGAUGGGAAAACAAUAAUCUGGGAUAUAUGGGAGGGUAUACCAAUCAAA